AGUUUUGAUAUAGGUGUGCGAUAUGUCGUUUUAUAUUAUUUUGACGAUAAUUUUAGUUUGGAUUGAUUGCUAUGAUUGUAGUCUGUAUCAAUAUUUGGGUAACGGCGUAGCAGAUUUACUAAACUCGGGCAUCUGGGCGCAGUCAACAGAACAAGUUUCCAAAACCAGAUCAAUUACCCGUGGUCUUUUUUACCCGGAUGACAUGUUUGUCACAAAUUGGGUGCCAAGCAUUGUCACAACAAGAACAUCGGAACAACGGCACAAUGAGCGGCGAACAUCAGACUGCACAGAAAUAGAGGAGUGUGGUGAACCUCAUCUUCCAGCUAGGUCUAGUGGGAGUCGACCAGGACCAAUUACGGACGGCAGCUCAGGUGGCCGGAUGUCGACCCACCGCCUACUGCAGGACCCGGUGCGGGCGACCAGUACAGCUGACAUACAAAGGAUGCUGCAAAAGUCGUCCACUAGGGCUCCGCAACCACCAAGGCCAAAACAUAGACCGUCAAAGCGGCCGCAACAACAAGUGACCGCUAAGACGGUGAGUCGAUCCAGCUCUGCAACGACUAGAAAGCCUAAACAAGUAUCCAAGACGUUCUGGGCACCCCUCACACCGACAGUGAAGACUAGGACGGAGGCCCAGCAGGCGAGGAAUCAUAAAAAAUUCCCAAAGCCCAAGACUAAGGAACAGUUGGCAAGCCAACAACAUCGGUUAGCUAAGCUCUCCACGCCAACCUCGCAACCAGCGGCCGCCAACAGGCCGUUGUCCAAGAUGACACCGAAGGUGUCGAUGGAGGUGGAUCUAUUGGCGACAGAGGGCAGAACGUCUGAUGAGCCGGUACUGGACACCGUCCAGGAGAGACUCAGCCAAGCCGCGGACCCAGACACAUACUCCGAGGACGCCUGGCUCUAAAAGCAUGGUUUCCUUGCAAGUGAUUGUAAAAAGCGCUGGAAAAAUAUGAGGGACAUGUAUAUGAAGUAAAAAAAACUUCCAACAGCUUCACAUAAAAACCGAUGUACAACGAUGAAUUUAUUA